GCCGAUGGACGUGGGCCUAGUGAAGGAUCUGCCGGUACCAGUCCUUAUCGGUAGAGACUGGCCGGGCUUGGAUCGCCUGCUGGCCGCGAACGUGCCAUUUGCCAGUCCUCGACGGGCCCACCUCCAAAGGCGGCCAGGAAAAAGAACCCGUCAUCGUCCCGUCUUGCUGGCCUCCGACAGCGGGAGAGAUGGUGAGUCCCCACCCCCUCAUUCUAACCUUUACCAUGACCUUUUCCAACAGGUGACAGGAGGCGGGUCGUUUGCCAGGGAACAACGGGAAGACGACCGCCUAAAGCACUGCUGGGCUCAGGUGCGCAUGGUUGAGGGAAAAGAAACUCAACCGGGGCCCCAUCCUCUCCCGCAUUUUGUCGUCCAAAACGGCCGGCUCUAUUGUGUUGCACAGCGAAGGGGGGAAGAGAAGAAGUUGUUGGUGGUACCCCGAACAAAGACAGAGACGGUCUUAGAGCUGGCACACUCCCAUCCCUUGGCGGGCCACCUUGGAGCCAACAACACCAUUCAGCGGGUCCGUGACCGAUUCCACUGGCCAGGAUUGGACGCCGAGGUGAAACGAUUCUGCCAGGCCUGCCCCACUUGUCAGAGAACAUCUCCACGGACCCCUCCCCCCAGCCCACUGAUUCCACUGCCGGUCAUUGAGGUACCCUUUGAGCGCAUUGGAAUGGAUCUCGUAGGGCCAUUGCCUAAGUCGGCCCGGGGGCAUGAACACAUCCUCGUCAUUGUGGAUUACGCCACCCGGUAUCCUGAAGCAGUGCCUCUUAGGAAAGCCACGGCCAAGGCCAUCGCCAAGGAGCUCUUCCUUCUCUAUAGCCGGGUGGGCAUCCCCGCCGAAAUCCUGACAGACCAGGGAAGCCCUUUCAUGUCCCGGCUAAUGGCUGACCUGUGCGCCCUCCUUAAAGUGAAACAACUGAGGACCUCUGUCUACCACCCCCAGACAGACGGUCUCGUGGAACGCUUCAACCAGACCCUGAAGCGGAUGUUACGGCGGGUCGCAGAUGAAGACAAGCGGGACUGGGACCUCAUGCUCCCCUACGUGCUCUUCGGAAUACGGGAGGUGCCUCAGGCGUCGACAGGCUUCACCCCGUUCGAGCUCUUAUUCGGACGCCAGCCCAGAGGCCUCCUGGACGUGGCCAAAGAGGCGUGGGAACAUCAGCCGGCCCCCCAUCGCUCGGUGGUAGAGCAUGUGAAGGAGAUGAGGGAAAAGAUCGACCGGGUCAUGCCGCUAGUCCGGGAACAUCUCGUCAAGGCCCAACAGGCGCAGCAACGGUAUUACAAUCGAGCCGCCCAGCCACGAGAGUUUCAGCCAGGAGACCGGGUCAUGGUUCUUGUCCCCAACUCCGCCUGUAAGUUCCUGGCCAGUUGGCAGGGCCCGUACACCGUCAUCGAGAAGGUUGGGCCGGUCACGUAUCGUGUCCGACAGCCAGGCCGGCGAAGAACAGAGCAGCUCUACCACAUUAAUUUGUUGAAGAAAUGGGUGGGGACAAGGGACCAGCUCGCCGCCCUCGCCACCAUCGACUCGCCGGUAGUGGACAUGGACGCCCAGCUGUCGGCAGCCCAGAAGUCAGAGCUGCAGCACCUGGUCUCUCAGUUCUCGCAUGUGUUCUCCUCCAACCCCGGGCGGACCCAGAUCCUCCAACAUGAGAUCCACACACCACCCGGAGUGGUCGUCAGGCAACGGCCCUACCGAAUCCCAGAGGCUCGUCGGAAGGCUAUUGAGGAGGAAGUCCAACACAUGCUGAAGUUGGAGGUGAUUGAACCAUCCAAAAGCCCUUGGUCCAGCCCGGUUGUCAUGGUACCAAAACCGGAUGGCACCCUCCGCUUCUGUAACGACUUCCGGCGCCUAAAUGAAGUGUCUGAGUUUGACGGAUACCCCAUGCCUCGAGUGGAUGAGCUCCUUGAACGUCUGGGAAGGGCCCGGUAUAUCUCCACCCUAGAUCUGACCAAAGGGUAUUGGCAGGUGCCCCUUUCCGAAACAGCCAAACCCAAGACGGCUUUUACUACCCCCAGUGGACACUGGCAAUACCGGACCCUUCCCUUUGGCCUACACGGAGCUCCGGCCACCUUCCAACGGAUGAUGGACAUCUUGUUGAGGCCUCACCAGUCCUAUGCCGCAGCGUACCUGGAUGAUGUAGUUAUCCACUCCGAGACUUGGGAAGACCACCUAAAUCGGUUGCGGAGGGUGCUACUGGAGCUGCGCAGGGCUGGACUCACCGCCAACCCCCGAAAAUGCCAUCUGGGCCUGUCUGAGGCGAACUAUCUGGGUUUCCAGGUGGGAAGAGGAGUCAUCAGACCCCAGGAAAAGAAGGUUGAGGCAGUCCGCGCCGCCCCAAGACCCAGUACAAAGUCCCAGCCUCCCCUCUGACAGACCUAACCAGGAAGGGUCAGCCAGAGAAAAUCAACUGGACGCCCGAAGCUGAGGAGGCAUUGAGAAAAAUAAAGAUGGCAUUGACGGCAGAGCCGGUCCUAAGAGCACCAGAUUUUGGCUGUCC